AAAAAAGUUAGUUGGUUGCCAAGGAGCAGUUACAAUGAACUUGUAUGGACAGUUACAACCGCUGUACCUACUAACUCUGCUGUUGCUUGUAAUUGGUAUAGUUAUUUGCGAUGAGCAAGUACUUACAGCACCUUCCAAAACAUUUGAUUCUGACGUAACUGAUCUGCACUUUUUUUUCAAUUCUAUUUUUGGAGCAGGUGAAACGACCAGCUGGAGAGAAAAUCAAAUUGAUAAAGCUAGAACGUUUGGUGUCAAAAGGAUUCAAUUUCUGCUAAUGCCACUGGUGUUUAAAAUGGGUGUAAUGAUGACGAUGCUGGUGAUCGUAACAGUCAUGUCCUUGAAAGGCCUUGUCAUAGGUAUAAUAUUGCUGGUGUUGAAGCUCAGCACAAUAUUAGGUAAGCUGUUUGCUGGUCUCCAUGGCCAAGAAGGCUACGGACAUUCAUCUGUUAGCUGCAUGCAACCGCAGUUCGUCCAUGUGCACCUGCACAACAGCGGGCUACCAGUGUACAGCGGCUGGGAGACUGCUUCUUUUGGGGACAGGUCACCUCCCGAUGACAGCUACUAUCACAGAGGUUGAUGAUCCUUUGACUGGACAGAUAAAUCCGUAUGCCGUUAUAAAAGCUAAAAUCAAACAUAAAAUUUUGGCACUAGUUGCUUGGAUAUUUUUGUGACAAUAUGCAAUAUGUAAACAGUGUCUUAUUAUAUUAACUUAUUUUUGUUUACUACGUUUUGCAGAGCUUAGUACAUGAGAGUAACAGGUGUGCUGGUGGCUAGUUAUUAAUUUGUUAGCUUAUAAUUUGUCAAUACAUUGAAAAUUUACGUGUAAGAGAAACUCCACACAAUUGUAGGUAUUUGUGAAAGAAUUUUUCACCAAAAUUUUAAAUUUGUGUAUUUUAGGACUACAACAUUUUGA